ACAGCCGCGCAGCUGACUGAGGGGGGAGAGGACGAGCGUCGAUUCGUGUCAAACAAAUGUCAAGUUUCCAGAGAGAAAAUGACGCUGCUAAGUCUCUGUUCAGAAGGCUCGAGUCCGCGGUCACUCCCAUCGUGUCCGGGGAGCACAGUCACCACCGGGACAGAGCACCGAUGGCCUCGCGCGUCUCCUUCACGCAGCUGCGCCUGGAGGCGGAGCUGGAGCGCUGCCGGGCCGAGUGCCAGUGGGACAAGAUGCCGACGAUCAUCGACCAGAUGAAGGCGGCGCGGUUCCAUGAGGACGAUGACUACGGGACGCUGCUGAUGGCGGAGGCGCUGCUGGAGGAGUGCCUGCAGGACAACAUGGACCUGUUACGCACCUCCACGCCUCUGAUGGAGAAGACCCACCCCAGGCUGAGCCGGGCCAAAAGCCACCUCAACACCAUCCUCAGCCGAGGCCUCCUCACCCCCAGGUACCUGAACGAGGCUCUACUGCUGAUGGCCAAAGUGCACUAUGUGCAGGGUCGCUACCGGGACGCCCAGGGAAUGUGCGCCAGGGUGGGGCUCGAGGAGCUGACACGGGACGAGCAGCCGACCUACCACCUCCGCCUGCUGGCCGAGGCCUUUGUCAUCAAAGGUCUGUCCCUCGACCACCAGACAGUUUCCUCUGUGUCCCGGGUCCGUCUGUCAGAGAGGGAGGAGGAGAGUCUGUCCUGCUACCUGCGGGCCUGUGAUGCUUCUCUGUCCUACCUGCAGGAGCUCGAUAAGACGGUAACGACGCCUCACACCAGGACAGCCAAAGCCAGUCUUCUUCCCCCUGUGGACGUGGACCUGGGCUACUUCCUGCAGGCUUCCUUACAGAGUGCUUACCUCUGUCUGCUGCAGCGGGGUCAUCUGGCGCAGGGUGCUCACCAGCUGCGUAGAGUGCUGAGGGUUGUGGAGUCACGGGGGUCUCAGAGCUUCAGGAAGUCUGCAGCGAGGAAGCUGGCAGAGGUGCUGCUGGGUGCUGUGAGUGAGGACAGCUACUGGCCCCCGCUGGGCCCCCCACCCUCUGCCUGGCUGCACAGAGAGGGAGCCGCCGUCUCCAAAGACGCCACCUACCCCACCGUUAGACCGCCACAACGUUACAGCACGGACUGCUUCUGUCCUCAGGACGUGCUGGAGGAGGCUGUGUUGCUGCUGCUCAUCACAGAGUCUAUGGCCAGCGGCGAGGCGGUGAUCAGCCGUCUGCCGGACCAGGCCGAGGCUCGCGAGGCCAGCCUGCAGAAUGCCAACUCCGUCUACGACCUGCUCACCAUCGGCAUGGCCAGGAGGGGGCAGUACGGCAUGCUUUCUGAGUGUCUGGAGCGAGCCAUGAAGUUUUCAUUCAACGAGUUCCACCUCUGGCACCAGCUGGGCCUGUCACUCAUGGCGGCCGGGAAGGGGGUUGGUGCUGUGUCUGUAUUUAAGGAGUGUGCCAGGAUGAGACCGCAGGACCCCUCAUUGCCCCUAUUGGCUGCUAAAGUCUGCAUUGGUCAACUGCACUGGUUUGAGGAAGCGGAGGCUCUGUCGCAGAGUGUGGCGUCCAUGGGGGAAGAAGCCGGAGAACUUCUACCUCGGGCCUACCUGUCCCUGGGACUGUGCUACAGUUUACAGGCCUCUGAUGCAACUCUGAAAGCUGAUCGGGAUGAAUUCCACAAAAAAGCACUGCGAGUUUUGAGCAAAGCUCACUCAUUAGACCCCCAGGAUGCUCAGAUUGCCAUGUACCUGGCUCUGCAGCUGGCACUUGUACGACAGGUGUCAGCUGCCAUAGAGCCCCUGCAGGCGGCUUUAAGUCUCCGCGGGGACGACUUGCACUCCCUCCACCUGCUGACUCUGCUGCUGAGCGCGCAAAAACACCAUCGUCACGCCCUGGACACCCUGGGCCUCGCCCUCAGCCAGCACCCCGGCAACUUCAAUCUGCUGUUCACAAAGGUGAAGUUAGAAGAGGCCCUUUUCGGACCGGCGGCAGCUCUGCGGACCUGUGAAGAGAUGCUGCAACAGUGGUUGAGCCGCUAUGAUGUCAGCCGCUCCAGUGAGACAGAUGACAGCAGCAGCAUACCGAUGGCCGAGCGGACCGAGGUCAGCCCUGGACCCAGGAAACCCUCCAUCCACCUGACCCUGCCCAACUUCCAGGACGCCUCGACUGGUUCUCUGAGCCCUUCAUCGGUUGCAGUGUCUCGUCUGGAGGCUGCGCUCUCGGAGGUGUCGGACCUCAGCUCCGUGCGUCGCCAUGGACCCACUUACAUCUGGACCACCCUAGAACGCAUUUGGCUGCAGGCUGGGGAGUUGUUCAUGGGGGACGGACGGCUAAAGGAGGCCCAGUUCUGCAUAGCCGAGGCCGGCUCGGUCUCUCCCAACUCGUACUCAGUGCUGCUGCAGCGGGGCCGCCUGGCCGAGCUCCGGGGCCAACUCGACGACGCCAAAGGCCUGUAUGACGAAGCCCUGGCCAUCCAUCCCACAGAAGAAAGGACACUAGUGCAAAUGGGCCGUCUGCUGGUGAAAACCGAGCGCGCCCACCUGGGGGAGAAGGUCCUGCGUGACGCGGUUCAGGUCCACAGCACCUCUCACGAGGCAUGGAGUGGUCUCGGAGAGGCCCUGCAGGCUCGGGGCUCCAGCCAGGCCCCCGACUGCUUCCUGACUGCCCUGGAGCUGGAGGCCUCCUGCCCCAUCCGGCCCUUCAACAUCAUCCCCAGGGAACUGUAAAUGGGCCUUGGCGGGGGUUGUAGGUUUGGGUUAAACCGCAACAGUGAAAAGCAGUGCAAGGAGGAAAACUCCUCGGUUAAAUGGAAAGUUUGACAUUUCUUUUGGAAAUAGGCCUGUUUCAUUGUCUUGCCGAGAGCUUGAUCAGAACGUUGAUGCCACUGAUGACUGUCUAUUGAACAUUAGGCUGCGCCCAGAGGACAGCUAGCUUAGCAUACACCAUUCUAAAAACAAUGUCGUUGGUGAACUUAACUACGUAGGCAGAGAUUUUGUUGCUCUUGGACAUGACAGCUGUUUCUUUAAAUGCUAGGCUAAGAGCAGCAGGAUGUACCUUUAUACAUCCCUAGCAGGUAUGAAUGUGACAAUGUACAUCUCCUAUGGAGCUAUAGGUACAGAAGCCAUAGCUCUUGUGUAAUUAGUGACUAAUGAGUAACACUCGUAAUAAUCUGAAUCAAUGGCUGUUUAAUGAUCCAUCAACAGCAGAUGUGUGCGGGUUACAUCUUUAAGAUCGUAUGUUGUGUCAUGUGUGGAGAUGAAUAGAUUAUGUACAGGCUGUCAGCAACACUAGUGGCUCCACUUCAUCUUCAUUUUAGCCUUUGAUAUAUUUUUGAUGAUCUCAUUGAUUGAUACAACUUUCAUGUGCACACAAAAAAAACCAACCUGUCUUCUUCAAAUGAGAGCUCGUCCAUUUUCUUGCAGGGAUAAACUCCUUCUGUGUGUUUUCAUCAUGUGCGUGUUUCCAUGCAGCUUGUCUUUAUAUUAUGUAUCUUUUAACAUCCCUGUGUGUUGUUAUCAGUCGCUGCUCUGUUUGUCUGUAGGCUCCUGUAAGCGACUCAUUCGCUCAUAACUUGUGUGUUGUUUUUUUGGUCUUUUUUGUCAUGUGCUCAUUAUGCUCACCAUUAUAAACAGCAACGGCUUUUAAAAAUCA